CCACCGGUCAUCCUCCCUGCCGUUCGACCACGCCGGCGUCGCCCGAGCCAGACGCCGCUCAUCGCCGGUCGCCCUUCCCCAGACAAUCGCCGCCGCUGCUUCCUUCGCCAGAGGUCCGCCGUCAGCAUCAGCGCCGCCGACGACGGUUCACCUCGUCGUGCUGCCGUUCGUCGCCUCCACUGCCAGCGUCGGUCGUCCUCGUCAUCGAGCUGCAGCGCCGCCAAUCGCCGCUGUUUCGCCUUCGCCGGAAGUCCGCCGCUCAUCACCGUCGAGCGCCGCCAGUCGCCUCCAGCCGUCGCCCUUAGCUCAGGUAGACCGCCAACAGCUGCCGCUCCGCCACUGUCGCCGGCGUCUGUCACCGUCGCCGCAUCCAGCCGCUGCCCCGGAUUGAUAUCGCCGGCAGAUUAACCUCCACGCCGGAUUGAUUGGUCGAUUUCGUAUUUUGACUCAAUUUGACCCGUUCGUUUGAUUUCGUUGAUUUGUCUUCCGUUCGAGCUAUCGAUUCGAUUUCGGCGUAAUCCAGGUCCGUACUAUGAAGUUAAUAGCGUUUAGAAUAGAUUUUGUAACACUCUAAUCCGUCCAGGUCUGCAGCCCCAUCCGGACUAAAGUAUUAACUUGGUA